CUUUGCCACAAGGCAUGAUGACGAUAGGUAAAUAUAGUCUUUAAUUUAUAUUUGAAAUGAAACCAGAAACCAUAAACCACUUUCAACAAGUAUAAAUCAGAAUGAGUAUGAUCAAUAAGAUUAUGAGGCCAUACAAUGCGUUCAAGAAGAUACCUAUGGAACUGAAACCACUAGUUCUUCUAAUUGGAACGGCUGGAUGUACAGCUAUUUUUACCAUGGGUUAUAAAUUGACUGCUGAUCCAGAGAUUCGCCGAAGACCCUCUUGGACAGAGCGAGAACAACAUGGAGCAGAUAUAGUCUCUGGAAAUCGUCAACUCGCAGCAUAAGAAUUAUUGGAAUAUCCUUCCUAUAACAGGAUAAUUUUUGCGAAACAAACUUUGAUAUUUAUUUUUGUAACGAUGAAAAACAUAAAUGUUUAAUGAGAUACGAAUGAUACUAUGUAAACAGAUAUCUUUAUUUAAGCUUUUGUUCCAAAAUAAAUGUCACCAAAGUCACCCAG